GUGGGGCGCGGCGUAUUUAAAAACAAAAACAGACCGUGCAGGCAGGCGAAUCGAAGUAGAUCAUCUAAGGGAGGAAGUAUCUGACUGUUUCGACGAAAUCUGUCCCUGAAAUAUAGUUCACCACAAUGAACCUGGAACGACUUCCAAACGAAGAAAAACUUAUCCUCUGCAGAAAAUAUUACUUGGGAGGCUUUGCGUUUCUCCCUUUCCUGUGGCUUGUCAAUGUUGUCUGGUUUUUCCGGGAGGCCUUUGUAAAGCCAGCUUACACUGAACAGCUGCAGAUAAAAGCCUAUGUAAAGUGGUCAGCAGUGGGAUUGCUGUUUUGGGUGGCGGUUCUCACCACAUGGAUUACUAUUUUCCAGCACUUUAGAGCACAGUGGGGUGAAGUGGGAGAUUCCCUGUCCUUCACAAUUCCACUUGGCACUCCAUGAGACAUUUUUUUCCAUAGCACAAAUUAAAAAAAAGAACGAUCUAUUGUUGUGGACCAAAAGAGGGAGAGAAAAAAAAUCGUUUUUAAGUGCAGUGAAACAUUUUGGUCUGUUUAUCCAUUGCAGCUCAUUUGAGAAGCUGAAUCAUAUUUUAACUAGCUGUCACAUUUUUGAAAAAUAACGUUUUUGUUUUCUCUCUGCCAAGACACUUAUGAGAGUUCUUUAGAGGCUAAUUCAUCUUUUAUAUGUUAGAAUGAUCGAGCUGGGUGUUCAGUCAGGCUUCUUCAACACUGUUAUUCUCUUUUUAGGAUAUGAUAAGAUGACUGUGAGCCAACAUGGAAGACAAAAAAAAACAUUUUUAUUUGUGAAUUUUGCUGAAUAAAGUCUUCUCUCAUACUUUCA